CAUUGCAGUUGUCGCCCUUUAUGAAAACGAAACUAGAAGACACACAAGGUUACUUUUAGGUUGAAUAAUAUUUUCGACCUUACUCCGAAUGCCUACAUGCACUUAACAGAAAUUCUACAACAUGAGGCAUUUACUGUCACAUCUGAGGAGUUUUUCCAAGAGAGCAACCAUCUGGUCCUGUUACAAGUGUAAACAAUGCCAACAAUGUUGCACUAGUUUGAAUGCUUUAUCAAUCCAAUCUCAAAGGAGUUAUAGUAGUGAUGAAGGAGAGACAAACUGGAGUGUUCAUCCCCUGGCAAGUCGUGGAGUAGUACGACUGGGUGGGACAGACACAAUCCCGUUCCUCCAGGGUCUUGUCACAAAUGAUGUUGCAGUUGUUGGAGAAAAAAUUCCAAGUCUAUACACCAUGAUGCUUAAUGUGCAGGGCCGAGUUCUCUAUGACCUACUGAUGUACCACUCCACAGAUGUGACCGGGAAGUCUGUCCUUCUUAUGGAGUGUGACGCUACAGUCACAGACGAGCUCGUCAAACUCAUGAAAAGAUAUAAAAUCAGAAAGAAGGUCGACAUUGCUGACGUGUCUGAUGACCACAAAGUAUAUGCUGCUCUGUAUCAAAGUGGGGAGAUAAAACUUUCCCUCGACAAGCAGCUCUCUGGAAUAAUUUCAGCAUCCCCAGAUCCUCGAUUGAACAGUUUCGGGUGGAGAAUCAUUGCAAAUAGUUCACAGUCUGUAUGCACAGGGUUUGGGGUUAAGGACGAAACGUCUGAAGAAGAAUACCACAUACAGCGAUACCAGUCGGGUAUAGGGGAGGGUGUGGUGGACAUGCCCCCGGGGAAUUGCUUUCCUCUUGAGAGUAAUGCAGUGUAUCUCAAUGGAGUCUGUUUCCACAAAGGCUGUUACAUUGGUCAGGAGUUGACAGCGAGGACAUUUCACACUGGAGUCACACGCAAGCGACUCAUGCCUCUCCUGUUCGAAGUUGAACCUCAGAAUAUGACAGUUGGAGCAAACAUUUCGACAGAGAAGGGGAAAUCUGCAGGGAAAGUACGAGGCCAUGUUGGUAAAUACGGACUUGCUCUGUUACGGAUAGCAGAGGCCAGUAAAAACCUCAGUGUGAAAACAGAGACAGGGGAGCAACUAGUAGUUGAGGCCAGUACCCCUGAAUGGUGGCCUGAUGAAUCUUGACAUCAGUUAUAUAGUACUCCAGACUGGUAACCUACUCCGACUUGAUAUAAAUUAUUAACGCUAUGGAAAGUGCUGAUAAAGAUUUGAUAUCAUUUCUAUACACUCAGCAAAGUGCUGAUGAAAAUAGGACAUUAAACUUGACACAAGACUUUGUGUGAACCCAGAAAAGGAGCAUUAAGGAGACAUAUACCAAUAGGUCUGCCUACAGGAAUUAUUUUGUGAUCAAGUUAUUCACAUUUUCUUUAUGAGUUUGUAUAAUAUCAAUCCAACAAUAUCAAAAAUCACAAAAUAUUGGGUGUUUUUUUCCCUUUUUUUUUCUUUUUUUUUUUCAAACCACAAAUAAAAAAAUAACCAAAAAAAAAAAAUCAUUAUUAAGUAAGAUUAUUUAGUUGAAGAUUCUGUUUAUCAUAGCUGUGAAUGAUAUGCUUCAGUAAUUUAUUCAGAGAUAUUAUUAUCAUUGUGUAGGAAAGUUGAAUGUCCACUUUGGUAGUGUUGUGAAGAAUGAUCAUACAUAUACAUAUACAGAGUAUAAUAUGCGACAAUGGCUAGUGUAGUCUGCGAUCACACAAGUGAGGAACGUAAAUAUGUCCGUAUACAAGCUUGGCCAGGUGUAUGUAUACUCCACCGAUAGUAUAGUCAUGCACGGCUGAACAUCACCUUCAGUAUGAGAUGACAUAACAGGCGCGGAUCCAGGAAUUUGAAAAGGG